CCACAGAAAUAUCUGCUGAAAAUAGUAGUCCUCUAAUAGUUUUGACCACCAAAAUAAAUAUGUAAAAACCUAAACUUUUAACUACCAUUUUUACUCAUUUAUUUUGGUGCGCUCCCACACCCGUCCGCUAGGGGGCGAGCGCGUUCACCAAACGCCGUUCAAACAUGGCUGCGUCCAUCGCGCGGUCAUGCUUUCGACUUCAUUCACGAGUCGCGCUCAGAAAAGCGUCUUCCUCCAAGACUUCCUUCCACUGCUCUCCGUCCGGCAGAAGCGGGCUGCUCUCGUCCCUCCACAGCCGAGGCCUCUUGAAGGAGUCGUUCCCGGAGCGCGCGGCGCAGGCGGAGCUCCCGGAUCUGCUGCGUUCCGCUCCGCAGACCGUUUACUGCGGCUUCGACCCGACCGCGGACAGCCUGCACGCCGGGAACCUGCUCGCCGUCAUCGGCCUGCUGCACUUCAGAGCCGCGGGGCACGACGUGGUCGCGCUGCUCGGCGGAGCCACGGCGCAGAUCGGGGACCCGAGCGGGAGGUCGGCCGAGAGGGAGCGCCUCUCCCCGGCCGCGGCGGAGCGGAACUCCCGCGGGAUUCUGGAGAGCCUCCACCGGAUCUUCGCGCACCACGAGCUCUACUUCUGCCCGGACGCGAGCAAGCUGGGCCGGCUCACGGUGCUGGAUAACCGCAGCUGGUACGAGGGCUGGAGCGUGCUGGACUUCCUGGCGGAGGUGGGCCGGUGUUUUCGGAUGGGAACGAUGCUCAGCCGCCACAGCGUCCGGUCCCGACUCAAGGGCGCGGAGGGCAUGAGCUUCACCGAGUUCUCCUACCAGAUCUUCCAGGCGUUUGACUUCUACCGUCUGCAUCAGCUGCACGGCUGCAGGAUCCAGCUGGGCGGAACCGAUCAGCUGGGAAACAUCAUGAGCGGACACGAGCUCAUCCACAGGAAGACGGGAGAGGAGGUGUACGGCCUGACGCUUCCGCUCGUCACCACCUCCAUGGGAGAUAAACUGGGCAAGACGGCUGGCAACGCUGUGUGGCUGAACAGAGAUAAGACCUCGCCCUUCGACUUCUACCAGUACUUCCUCCGCCUCCCCGAUGAGCGAGUGGAGGGGUACCUGAAGCUCUUCACCUUCCUGUCUCUGGCGGAGGUGGAGAAGGUGAUGGAGCGGCAGAAGCGGGACCCGGGGAAACGCGUCGCUCACAAGCGCCUGGCCGCCGAAGUCACCAAGCUGGUGCACGGGAAAGACGGCUUAGAGAGCGCCAAAAGAUGCACCGAGGCUCUGUACCACAGCCGCAUCGAGUCUCUGGAGCAGAUGAGCGACACCGAGCUCCGGGAGCUGUUCCGCGAGGCUCCCUUCCACGAGCUCCUCCUGGACCCGGGGACGACGGUGCUGGACGCCUGCAGACGAGCGCAGGCCGUUCCCGAGGGAGCGCACGGGUACAGGAUGAUCGAGGACGGCGCAGUCUGGAUCAACCACCAGAGGGCGGCGAACCCAGAGCAGGUUCUGCUUCCGGGCCGGCACAUACUCUCUAACGGACUCAGCCUGAUCCGAGUGGGGAAGAGGAACUUUUACAUCCUGAAGUGGCUUAGCAUGUGACCCCGGCGGCUUGGAAAGGCGCAAACCGAGCACUGCUGAGGAUUUGUGAGGAAUCCCGGCGCCCGCCAGCAGUGGUCAGCAGAGGCCUGCUUUGUUUCAGGUCUCCUCCAGCUCAUCAAAGACUCGGAAAUUAUACGUCGUGUGAACGUCUGUGGAUUAUAUCAAAGACGUGAGAACAGACUCGGCCUUGUUUUAUUUGAACAAACUGCACGGUCUGAUGUGUGACUAUUUAAAAAAAAAAAAACGGGUUCCUUCAGCUCUUUAAUUAAGUGUAUUAUGAGAUUUUUUUUUUUUUUCCAGCUCGGCGCAAUACGACGGCAUACGUAAAUAAAAUUAAACAUGAUCAGCUGAAGUUCAAGUGAAGGACAGCUAGUGUGCUAAAAAAUACUGAAGUCAACCAUUUUCGAAAGCUAAAGGAGAGCAUAAUUGCAUUGUUUAUUGAAACGCUACUAGUGGAAACCCAAUCAUUUUCACCAUAAUACUGAGGAAAAAUGACAGAAUCGAUUGAUAUUAACACAGAAGUGUUUUCGUGACGACUCCGAGCUGAUGAUAUGGUUUAUUUGUAACCACGGGAUUUAAAAAAAAGCACCGUUUUUGCUCUUACUGCGUGAGAAACUUGUGUGAUGAGAAGUUGCAAGCUUGCCUGAGAAGAGGUUUCGGGCCUCAGGUACAAACGAUGCACGGUCGACUUCUCUGAAAUCUGCAGGGUUUGUGUUUGCUCUCACUUCUUGUCGGGGACUAGUGCGAGGUCUUAUCGGGGCGCUGCUGUUCCUGGAAGUGUUUUGGGCAACUUCAGCUUCUCGCUUCUAGGAACAAACGAAACUUUAUUUCCACAUUUUGAGGUUUCGGUGUCUCGCGUUUAAGCAUCACCUUCGGAAACCAAACCAUUUUAAAUGCACGUUUUGGUUUAUGCAUCGUUUGUUUAUUAACUGAGAACAUCCUAAAGUGUCGAACACAUGGAACAAUAUCUAAAAAGCCAUUAAUAUUCAGCUGUCAGGCCUUGACCACACUGUUAGUAAGUCUUAGAUCGAGUCUAGUCUAUUACGGCGCAUCUUAGUCACGUGUCCUGAUGCAGUUGUACACUUUUAGUUUCGAUUUCACCACUAAUUUGUUGCAUUUGCGCAAGGCUCCAAGAAAUAUAGAUAUUUUUUUACAUUAAACGUCGCGUUCGAUUACGAUUCGUGAAUGAAUCGUUCGUUUGAAGCGAGUUUUAUAAAUGGUGAAUCGCUCGCCUGUAGAAAAACCUCUGUAUAGUAGGUUUCUUAAGCAAGCCCAAAAAAAACAGUCAACUUAGAGCAAAUGCAAGUGGGGAAAGUAUUCGAAACGUAACGAUAUUAGCGUUUAAUAAACAAAUAAACGAGUUCUGUGGUUUGUACCUUGCGUGAAACGAAUCAGCGGUUCGUUUAGUGAACCGAUUCCGAAAUGAUUCAUUUGAACGAAACGACUCGUUCCAGGCAGAGCUGUGUUUUUGUUCAAUUUCUCUCUAUAUUCUCGUGGUUAAUCGCAGUUUUUAGUAUAAUUCCUGACAAAGCUGUUCUUCACUGAGAGUUUUUAGCAUUUGCACAACAUUUAAUAGUUUUUUUGACUGUUUCAGACCUUGACUUGAACGUCACGAAGCGUCCGAGAGUGAAUCGCUUGAAGCGAAUCUGAUCAAUGAUUCGGUAGAACCGAUUUGAAUCACUCGCCCGUAGGAAAACCUUAUCAGAGUAAAUCCAAAGUAUUUUUUAGCCAUAAAGAACCCUUUGGUCAACAUAGAGCACACACAUAUAAACACGUACACGUCAGUGGUAAUAAACGAUUGUAUUAAUAUCCUACUUAAAAAUAUAAGCAUUUUAAUAAAUGUCCUAUUUUAUGAAC